UCAGCUGACGCAGUUGGACUCUGUACUUGUAAACACACUGACAUAUGUAUCCACUUUCUCUGCAAAAUUGUCCAAUUUUCCGCUAAAUUUUCGUACAAAAUCGUUGGUUUUUGCUCCAAACAUGGCGGCGGCUCGUGGUAGAGACGCAAUUGUGAAAGUUGUGAGGGCAGUUGAGGGGGCAUCGUAAUAACCUUCUUCCAUUUUUUUUUUUACCCAGAUGGCAACAUCUACCAUCAGAUAUGGGAUGGGAGUUACUCAGGAGGUCGGCAUGGAUUUCCAGAAUAUGGGAGCCAAGAAAGUCUGCAUCAUGACAGACAAGACAGUUGGGAAGCUGCCUCCUAUGCAGAUUGUGCUAGAAGCCAUGACAAAGGCUGGGGUCAACUUUGAAGUGUUUGACAACGUUCGCGUGGAACCAACUGACUCAAGUUUCCAGGCUGCGAUUGACUUUGCCAAGAAGGGUAACUUCGACGCUUACUUGGCAGUUGGGGGAGGGUCAGUGAUGGACACCUGUAAGGCAGCAAACCUGUUCACAGCACAUCCUGACAACGAACUGCUGGACUUCGUCUACCCUCCUAUCGGCAAGGGACUGCCCGUCACCAAUCAGCUCAAGCCUCUCAUCGCAGUUCCUACCACAUCAGGUACAGGUAGUGAGACCACCGGGGUGGCCGUGUUCGACUAUGAACCACUGAAAGCCAAGAUUGGCAUUGGCCAGCGUGCGAUCCGGCCGACUAUGGGUCUGGUGGACCCGAUGCACUGUAAAUACAUGCCUGAGAGAGUCACCGCCAACAGUGGGUUUGAUGUGCUGUGCCAUGCUCUGGAGUCCUACACUGCCAUCCCCUAUCAGGAGAGGCGCCCAAGGCCCCAGAACCCCAUCCAGCGGCCUGCCUACCAAGGCAGUAACCCCAUCAGUGAUGUGUGGUCUCUACAUGCACUCAGGAUCAUCAACAAGUACAUGAAGAGGGCUGUGAGAAAUGCUGAUGACACAGAGGCGAGAUCACACAUGCACCUGGCCAGCACCUUCGCUGGCAUAGGCUUUGGGAACGCUGGGGUACAUCUGUGCCAUGGCAUGUCGUACCCCAUCUCUGGGCUUGUCAAGAAGUUCAAGUCCAAGGACUACUCUGAUGAUCAUCCUCUUGUGCCCCACGGCCUGUCAGUAGUGGUGUCAGCUCCUGCCGUGUUCCAGUUCACAGCUCCCAUGUGUCCUGACAGGCAUCUGGAGGCUGCAGAGAUACUAGGUUAUGACACCAGAAAUGCUAAGAGGGAAGACGCAGGACCCAUCUUGGCCGAUGUUCUGCGCAGGUUUGUGAAGGACCUGGACGUGGAUGACGGUUUGCAGGCACUGGGUUAUAACACAGAGGACAUCCCUGCACUGGUGAAGGGGACCCUUCCUCAGCACCGUGUAACAAAGCUCGCUCCCCGGCCCCAGACUGAGGAGGACCUGGCUGGUCUGUUCGAAGCAUCCAUGACAAUCUACUAGACAAAAAGAGACAGACAGACCUCUAACAUUUCUAGAAAAGCUGCUGUGGAAUUUUCAGUGAACAUUCAACAAAAACUGGUGCUCUCAAGUUGAUCAAUGGCAAAUCUUCUUUAUGUCAACUACAUGUAAAAUCUAUGUCUAGGAUAUCUGUAGUAGAACUUCUCAUCUAGGAUAAUUAAAAUAACUAUGCCGCAGUGUUCUGUAAUUUUUAAUC